AUGUCUUUGGAGUCUAGUUUAGAAAACGCUACCAAAGUGUAUCAAAAACUUCAAAAAGACCUUACAAAUGCAGUAGAAAAUCUACAAAAACUUGAUUCUCAGUUACAAGAGAACGAAAUUGUUCAAAAGGAAUUCAACUUAUUAAAAGAUGAUUCAAAUAUUUAUAAGCUCGUUGGCCCUGUGCUAAUAAAACAAGAAAAAGUCGAAGCCACUGAAAAUGUUGGAAGACGAUUGGAUCUUAUUCGAUCUGACAUUAAACGAGUGGAUGAUCAGAUCAAGGACUUGACAGAAAAACUCGAAAAGAAGAAAAUUGAGAUUGUUCAACUUAACGCUUCCUUAACGCAACAAGAAACAAAAUCAUAA